AUGGAGUUUGUUUAUGAGCUUUUAGGGGAUAACGCUUGGCUGUACAUCAGUGCUACCUUCGCGGUGGUAUGGACCGCAGCGUGGCUUUACCGGGACAGCCUGGAGAUCGAAGACGUGUCCAACAAAUACGUCUUUGUAAGUGGCUGCGACUCGGGGUUCGGAAACCUGCUGUGCAAGAAGCUUGAACGAAAGGGCUUCCACGUGCUGGCUGGGUGCCUGACCCAAAAUGGAGCCGAGGAGCUGAAGAAGAUGACGGGGCCCUACUUGAAGACUGUGCUGCUGGACGUGACCAGUCAGGACAGCAUUCAGAAAGCCAUGGAGUGGACCAAGAAAGAGGUCGGCGACAGCGGACUUUGGGGUAUCGUGAACAACGCUGGCCGCUCUCUACCAAUGGGCCCCUCUGAAUGGAUGAAAGUAGAGGACUUCCACAGCACGCUUAAAGUCAACAUGAACGGCACAAUCUGCAUGACUGUCACCUUCCUGCCCUUGAUCAAAAAGGCCCGCGGACGCGUGGUCAACGUGGCGUCUGUGCUCGGCCGGGUGGCAGCUAACGGUGGCGGUUACUGCAUCUCCAAAUUUGCUGUAGAGUCUUUCUCGGACUGCCUCAGGAGAGAUAUCAACUACUUCGGGGUGAACGUUUGCAUCAUUGAGCCGGGCUUCUUCAAGACAGCAGUGACUAGCCUGGAACCUAUCGAGAGGGAACUGCACCGCUUGUGGGAUCAGCUCAGCCCUGAAGUUCAAGCUAGCUAUGGAGACAAGUAUCUGGACAAGUACAUUAGAAUCCAGCGCUUCAUCAUGAAUGCCAUCUGCGACUCAGACUUGACUAAGGUGACCAGCUGCAUGGAGCACGCACUUACAGCCGCGUACCCUCGCACCCGCUACAGCGCCGGGUGGGAUGCCAAGCUGCUGUGGAUCCCGCUGUCAUACAUGCCAUCCUGCGUGGUGGACAUCGGGCUCAGGCUGGUUCUGCCCCGUCCGUCCAAGAGUGUGUGA